GUUACCAAAUGUUCAAUUUAUUUGAUGUGAAAUGUGCAGAGUAGGUAAGUCCGGGGAGCCAGAGGACAGAUCGGCUAUCGGAAGUAAUGGCAGGAUGAGGAGGAAUGGUUAUAGUGUGUUGGAUGGCUGGGUGGGUGAUUAAAAUGUUCUGAAAUUAAAGAGCAAUGAUGUUAAAGAACUCUCACUACCCUAAAGCCAUUGUAUACUUUACUUGUGUGAUUUAAUCUGAGGCUACAUGGCAAUUAUCAUGUUUUCAGAAAAACAAUGUAAUUGACAUCAGUGUAACUAGGGGUGCAAAAUGGCUUACACAGAAUUCAUUUCCUGGAAAGUAGAAUGCAGUCCUGAAAAGCCUGCAGCGAUUUAAUUUUACUCACAGACUCUUUGCAUAUCUAAUAGUCAUGUUCCCAUUUUUAGCAUGUAGCAAACAAAUUGUAACUAUUUUAGUCACUUCUUGUCCCCUUGGAUAAGAUCAACUGUAACUCUUUUAAACAGGAGUGGAAUGUUUAAGAUUAUAGUUCAGCUAAGAGUAGCCGGUAAUGAACCCUAGCACUUGGGAGGCAGAGGCAGGCAGAUCUCUGUGAGUUCCAGGCCAGCGAGACCCUGUUUCAAAUACAUACAUGUAUACACAUAUACAUACAUUAAUGUUAUAGUUGGGUAAUCUGUGAUGGUGGUGCAUACCCCAGCGUUCAGGCAGGAUUUCAAAUUUGGGGCUAUCUGAAAUACAUAGCAAGAUUCUGUCUCAAGAACAAUUAAGAACGAGAUGAUUAUGGCUUUUGUAAGCCAUACGAUAUAUACUUUGUGGCAAAAUCUGGAUUUUCACGGUUCUGUUAGAUUUUUCAAUUUGUAUUUAUACAUUGAUUGUAAAGUAAGUUUUUGUUGUCCGGCCGAGCUGGCAUUACAAAGGGUUAGUUACUAAGUCAUUGUUCAAUACAUUUCUCAAUAAUUUGAGUCUCUACACCCUUAAAGCAGAGCACCUCUCUAAAAGAACAAGGUAAAAUAAAAUUAAGAUCCUGUUAGUUUUCUUCCAUGGGUUUUCCUGGGGGAGGAAAAGAGUGGGACAAGGUAUUUGCAGGAUGGUGCUAAAUGCUCCCUGCAGAAAGCAAAUGUGUUUCCGAUUCCUCAGUUCUUCUAAUGUCUGUAGCCGGCUUGCAGCAUCCUGGAGGAUUUCCAAGUCACUCCACAGCAGGAUCCACAUGGGAACAAACUAGCACCGCAGAAACCCAAGGCGCAGGGGAGAGCCCGUGGAAGGGCCAUAUUCGGAUUGGCACAUCCUGCCCUCAGCAAUUCUACCUGGGCCCCGCCCACCGCGCCCCUCGCCUCCGCUCAGUCUCCAUGGUGACUGUCCGCCCCGCCUCCUCCUCGUCUCCUCUUAGCAGCCCCUCUCGCCCCUCCCCCCGCCUGGCGCCGCUCAGGGAAGAGGGGGUGGGGCAGGGGGCGGGGACAGGAUGCAAGCGAAGAGGAAAUCGGCGGCGCGACGCCCGCUGCUUAUUGGCUGGCGAAUCCCAGAGCGAGAAGCCCCGCCUCCCCGGCGAGGGUCACGUGACCCCUUUCAAAGAUGGCCGCCCUGUUGUUUUGAUGAAUAAUUCUUGGUGGGGCGAGGGGGUAAGAGUAGGGUUGGAGGGGUAGGAGGAUUUACGCUUCCAGCGAGGGCUUCGCCAGUCCCGUCCCUCCCCUGCCCCCCACCGGGGUUCUCGCGUGGAGGCGGGGCGAGCCUGGCCUGCUUUUAGAGGGGAGGGGCUUCCCGGUCCGGUGCUGGGCUCUGCCUGGGCUGCUGUAGGGUCGCCGCGCCUCGGGGGCAUCCAGUGUGCAGUGGAGCUGUUCCCGCCUGGGCCCAGGGGUGGGACCCGGAGCAGGGUCUGCGGGAGAAAAAAACGCAGCUGCCGCGUCACCGCCACGAAGACACGGCGCGCAGCGGGCACGAGCCGAGCUGGAGACCGCGCCGCCCGCCCUGGGUAACCUGGGAAGCUGAGGGGAGUCAGUGGCGCCUGGAGAGGACCCCAUAGCGGUGGCCGUGGCCAGAGGCGGCAGCUCUGGGCGCUUGCUGCUGGAGGAGGCUGCGGCGGUGCGAGCGGCCGAAGCCAAGGCGAUUCAGUGCCUCGUGUUCUUAGUUUUUAACCUCUGACUAUGCAAUUCUGAAACCUCCCCCAUUGGGGGACCAGACAGCCCGAUAGAUACCUUCCACUCUUCCUUUGCUCCCGCCCUGGUCUCAAGAACUGAAGGAUCUCUCUAACGCCUUUCACCAUUAAGAGGAAAGCGAUGGAGGAGCUGAGCGCUGACGAGAUUCGACGGAGGCGCCUGGCACGACUUGCUGGUGGACAGACCUCCCAGCCGACCACCCCGCUUACAUCUCCCCAGAGGGAGAACCCUCCGGGACCUCCAAUAGCUGCAUCAGCCCCAGGCCCCUCCCAGAGUCUUGGUCUCAAUGUCCACAACAUGACCCCAGCUACCUCCCCCAUAGGUGCAGCAGGAGUUGCCCAUCGGAGCCAGAGCAGCGAAGGCGUCAGUUCUCUCAGCAGCUCACCUUCCAACAGCCUUGAGACACAGUCUCAGUCCCUCUCCCGUUCCCAGAGCAUGGAUAUUGACGGUGUCUCCUGUGAGAAAAGCAUGUCCCAGGUGGAUGUGGAUUCGGGAAUUGAGAAUAUGGAGGUGGACGAGAACGACCGAAGAGAAAAACGGAGCCUGAGUGACAAGGAGCCUUCUUCAGGUCCUGAGGUGUCUGAAGAGCAAGCCUUACAGCUGGUCUGUAAGAUCUUCCGUGUCUCCUGGAAGGACCGCGACAGAGAUGUCAUCUUCCUUUCUUCUCUCUCUGCGCAGUUUAAACAGAACCCAAAAGAAGUGUUCUCUGAUUUUAAGGAUCUGAUUGGCCAGAUUUUAAUGGAAGUACUGAUGAUGUCAACUCAGACACGAGAUGAAAAUCCAUUUGCCAGUCUGACAGCCACAUCCCAGCCCAUCGCCACGGCAGCUCGGUCACCAGACCGCAAUCUCAUGCUGAACACUGGCUCCAGUUCAGGAACAAGCCCCAUGUUCUGCAACAUGGGCUCCUUCAGCACCAGCUCGUUGUCUAGCCUCUAUGAAACGAGCCCCGCCCCCUCUGCCAGUUUAUGGAGUUUUGUGCCAGCGCUCAGCCCAUCCUUUGCCUUACCUUCCCACCCAGCCCCACAGGCGGCUAUGCCUUCCCAGUCCCUUAGCCCCCAUGGUGUAGCCCCACAGGCGGCUGUGCCUUCCCAGUCCCUCAGCCCCCAUGGUGUAGCCCCGCAGGCGGCUGUGCCUUCCCAGUCCCUCAGCCCCCAUGGUGUAGCCCCACAGGUGGCUGUGCCUUCCCAGUCCCUCAGCACCCAUGGUGUAGCCCCGCAGGCAGCUGUGCCUUCCCAGUCCCUCAGCACCCAUGGUGUAGCCCCGCAGGCGGCUGUGCCUUCCCAGUCCCUCAGCACCCAUGGUGUAGCCCCGCAGGUGGCUGUGCCUUCCCAGUCCCUCAGCACCCAUGGUGUAGCCCCGCAGGCGGCUGUGCCUUCCCCACCCCUCAGCCCUCAUAGUACAGCUUCUGGAAAUGCUGCCGGAAGCCAGCCCUCAUCCCCGAGGUAUCGGCCCUAUACUGUCACGCACCCUUGGGGGUCUUCACCUUGCCCCACCCCACGAUCCUCCAUUCUGGCUAGCUCCCCAGGCUUCCCUUCCCACGCAAGUAGUCCCCGGGCUGUACCUGCCAGCUCCUCCAGACAGAGGCCCCGCAGCAGGGUCCCCGCCUUCCCACCUGCCUCGCCCAGUGCCGCCAGCAGACGUCCCUCCUCCCUGCGGAUCUCUCCUAGUUUGGGAGCCUCUGGUGGAGCAAGUAACUGGGAUUCGUACAGUGACCAUUUCACCAUUGAAACCUGCAAAGAGACGGACAUGCUGAACUACCUCAUCGAGUGUUUUGACCGAGUUGGAAUAGAGGAAAAAAAAGCACCAAAGAUGUGCAGCCAGCCAGCAGUCAGCCAGCUUCUGAGCAACAUCCGCUCGCAGUGCAUCUCCCACACCGCACUAGUGCUACAAGGUUCCCUCACACAGCCCAGGUCCUUGCAACAGCCAUCCUUCCUCGUGCCGUACAUGCUCUGCAGGAACCUCCCGUACGGCUUCAUUCAAGAGCUGGUGAGGACCACUCACCAGGAUGAAGAGGUGUUCAAGCAGAUCUUUAUCCCCAUUUUACAAGGCCUGGCGCUGGCUGCCAAAGAGUGCUCCUUGGAAAGCGACUACUUUAAGUACCCCCUCAUGGCACUGGGUGAACUCUGUGAAACCAAGUUUGGGAAGACACACCCUAUGUGCAAUUUGGUCGCUUCUUUACCCCUGUGGUUGCCGAAGUCCUUAAGCCCUGGUUCUGGGCGGGAGCUGCAGAGACUCUCCUACUUAGGGGCCUUCUUUAGCUUCUCAGUCUUCGCAGAGGACGAUGCAAAGGUGGUUGAGAAAUACUUCUCAGGGCCUGCCAUUACCCUGGAGAACACACGCGUGGUCAGCCAGUCACUACAGCAUUACCUGGAGCUGGGACGGCAAGAACUUUUCAAGAUUCUACAUAGUAUUUUGUUAAAUGGCGAAACUCGUGAAGCGGCUCUCAGCUACAUGGCGGCCCUUGUCAAUGCCAACAUGAAGAAAGCCCAGAUGCAGGCAGAUGAUCGGUUGGUGUCUACAGACGGGUUUAUGCUGAAUCUCCUUUGGGUCCUGCAGCAGCUAAGUACAAAAAUCAAGUUAGAAACAGUUGACCCCACUUACAUAUUCCACCCAAGAUGUCGGAUCACUCUCCCGAAUGAUGAGACACGGAUAAAUGCAACGAUGGAGGAUGUGAAUGAGCGGCUGACAGAGCUCUAUGGUGAUCAGCCUCCAUUUUCUGAGCCAAAAUUCCCUACGGAAUGUUUCUUUCUCACCCUGCAUGCUCAUCACCUCUCUAUUCUGCCUAGUUGUCGUCGCUACAUUCGCCGACUUCGAGCCAUCCGCGAGCUCAAUAGAACCGUGGAAGAUUUGAAAAAUAAUGAAAGCCAGUGGAAAGAUUCCCCACUGGCCACCAGACACCGUGAAAUGCUGAAGCGCUGUAAAACUCAGCUUAAGAAACUGGUACGGUGCAAGGCCUGUGCUGACGCUGGCUUACUUGACGAGAGCUUCCUAAGAAGAUGCCUGAAUUUUUAUGGCCUUCUCAUUCAGCUGAUGCUGCGCAUCCUGGACCCUGCAUAUCCUGACGUAACACUGCCUUUGAAUUCAGAAGUCCCCAAGGUAUUUGCAGCAUUGCCUGAGUUUUAUGUCGAAGAUGUUGCUGAAUUUUUAUUUUUUAUUGUACAAUACUCUCCUCAGGUGCUUUAUGAGCCCUGCACUCAGGACAUUGUCAUGUUCCUCGUUGUGAUGCUGUGCAACCAGAACUACAUCCGAAACCCUUACCUAGUGGCCAAGCUGGUGGAGGUCAUGUUCAUGACCAACCCUUCUGUCCAGCCGAGAACUCAGAAGUUCUUUGAGAUGAUUGAGAACCAUCCUCUCUCUACCAAACUGCUGGUGCCGUCCCUCAUGAAGUUCUAUACAGAUGUCGAGCAUACUGGAGCCACCAGCGAGUUCUAUGACAAGUUCACAAUUCGCUAUCACAUUAGCACUAUUUUUAAAAGCCUUUGGCAAAACAUAGCUCACCAUGGCACCUUCAUGGAGGAGUUCAAUUCUGGAAAGCAGUUCGUUCGGUAUAUCAAUAUGCUAAUAAAUGACACGACCUUUUUACUGGACGAAAGUCUGGAGUCUCUGAAGCGGAUCCAUGAAGUGCAAGAAGAGAUGAAGAACAAAGAACAGUGGGACCAGCUGCCUCGGGAUCAGCAGCAGGCCCGGCAGUCUCAGCUUGCUCAGGACGAGCGUGUUUCCCGUUCUUAUCUUGCCCUGGCAACUGAAACCGUGGACAUGUUCCAUCUCCUCACCAAGCAAGUCCAGAAGCCGUUCCUGAGGCCAGAGCUUGGUCCCCGAUUAGCAGCCAUGCUGAACUUUAACCUGCAGCAGCUCUGCGGACCCAAGUGCCGGGACCUGAAAGUUGAAAACCCAGAGAAGUAUGGUUUUGAGCCAAAGAAGCUGUUGGACCAACUGACAGAUAUUUAUUUACAAUUGGACUGUGCUCGCUUUGCUAAAGCCAUCGCCGAUGACCAGCGAUCCUACAGCAAGGAACUGUUUGAAGAAGUCAUUUCAAAGAUGCGGAAGGCGGGAAUCAAAUCCACCAUCGCAAUAGAGAAGUUUAAACUUCUUGCAGAGAAAGUGGAGGAAAUCGUGGCAAAGAAUGCGCGGGCAGAAAUAGACUACAGCGAUGCCCCGGACGAGUUCAGAGACCCUCUGAUGGACACCCUGAUGACCGAUCCCGUGAGACUGCCCUCUGGCACCGUCAUGGACCGUUCUAUCAUCCUGCGGCAUCUGCUCAACUCCCCCACCGACCCCUUCAACCGCCAGAUGCUGACUGAGAGCAUGCUGGAGCCAGGUAGGAGGCCAGUGAGUGCAGCCAGACCGUGCGGGAGACUGAGAGCUGGCCGGUGCCGCGAGGCCUGUAGUCCCAGCUACCGGGGUGGAUGAAGCAGAAGGGGAGAGCCUGUUCAUGGCAAUGCCAGAGCUAAAGGAGCAGAUUCAGGCCUGGAUGAGAGAGAAACAGAGCAGUGACCACUGAGGCCCCAUCGCUCCUCCGCUGGAAGCCGCCACGCCAGCCAGCCAGGCCGCAGCAGCAUCUGCCUCGAGGCUGCAGCUCCAGCCUGUAACCAGAUGUGGCCAGAUCCUGAGAGCCCACCCGUGUGACCAAACAGUGGAGAUCUGAGGGGAUGACGAGAAGAGGAUUCCUGUACAUAUAUUUAAGUGACAACAGUCAAAGCUUGAGGGACGAGUUUACGAUGGCUUGUGUAGUAAAGCGCACCCUUCGCCUGUCGCUACCUGGGGCUGUGGCAGCGGAAGUGUUUAGUGACAAGUGGGUCUGGGCAGCUUCCCCUGAGCUUACGUUUUGUUUUGUUUUGUUUUUUCGAUGUGAAUAGAGAACUCGGACAUUUUGCUGCUAAACAAUCUCCCCUCCCUCACCCUACUUGCACUGCUGUGGGUUUUUUAAAGAGAAACAGAACCAGACUCCUUUCCCGGCCCUCCAAACAUGUAUUCUGUGCGAUAACUUGUGCCUGCGACAAGUGUUAAUCUUGGGAUCGUAUUUUUAUAUCAUAUUCACAUACUUGUUUUUUUAAUUGGUGUUAGAUGACAUGAUUAAUAAAAAAGGCAAGAUAUUUUCAGAAUUUGAAUUUCAGUUUUUUUUUCUUUUGAAAUAGCCCUUUUAAAUUUUUUUAUUAUAAACAAAAUGAAGAGAACCCUGUGAGCCUGGUCCUUCUAGCAACCCUCAGUUAAGAUCCUGAGGGACAGGUGCAGCAGCAGCUGGCUGGAGUGGAUCAGGACUCCUGUGACUCGUGGGGCUCGGGGGAGGUGAGGGGUGUGUUUGGUUUUUUGUUGUUUUGUUGUUUUGUUUUAAUCCUAUGUGACAAUUCCAACUAUGCGGUUACCCUCUGAGGAUAAGUUCCUCAGCCCGGGGUUCUUUUAUAUGCUGUGUCCUUUUGGGGUUUGACCUUACCAAAGCAAAGAAACAAAAAACAAAAAAAACAAAAAAAAAAAAGGGUGCAAGAAAUGUGGAAAUCUGUCUGCUUGUUUACAUGGCCCGACAACACCACCUAGGCGCACGCGAGCAGAAGCCCUCUCUGUAUUACCGCUCCCUACGCAACAUACUUGAAUUCUUGAGUUCCCUUUGGGGUGAGAAAGGAUUUGAAACCAUAAAGUGUUUUAAAGAAAUGAACUCUUCAGAAACAGACUUCCUCCUCUUUUCCUUUCUCCUCUGCUCCACAGCCUGUGCUCUGUUCAGUUCCCAACACAAUCGACAAUAAACGGUGAUGCCCAUUCGGAAGGA